AAUGCUGGAAUUAUGAGCCAGUAAAACGUCCAAAUAUAAAUGAGGUAGUCUUAUCGCUCAAAAAAUUAGUUUCACUCGAAAUACAUGAGGUUAUAACUAAGAUAAGUUUUGAAGAUUAUAAUAAAGGAAGUACUUCAUUUGUAAAUACCGAAUCCGAUCUUAAAUCUGAUGAAUCAAGUGAAAAAUUUAUAGAUGAUAAUGAUUUGAUAUUAUUAGAUGAAUUCAACCAAUUUAAGAUUAUAGAAUCUGAAUUUACAAACAAUUCAAGCUUGCAAAAACAAAAGCCUUCUCUAUUUAAAACGAUAAGUAAUCCGACUUUUCAAGUUGAAAAUUUAUCAAGAAGUUCAUUAGAUUCAUUGGAAUCAAUAUAUAAUAAUACAAUGAAUAAUAUUAUCGAUUAUGACCAGUACGGAACGGAACAAAUUUCACAAAAUGCUAUAUAA